AUCCAUAUUAUAAACAACCAAGCCUCUCGUUUAUGGAAGAACCAAAACCAACCUCAAGCUUUUUCUCUGCUGCUUGUUCUUUUCGGCUGGAAAGGAGAUUGGGAGGGAGAUUCGAGAAAGAAAAGAAAAAAAAAAAAAAAAGUAAAAGCAACCUCAGCCACCAUCUCUGGUGACCAGAUGUGUCGAGAAAGAUAAAAAAGAGGUAGAGAGGGAUGCCAUGGAGGCUUAACCCAACAAUAUUAGACCGAGAAGGAGAGGCACAUCAGUGAAGUUCCAAUUGGCGGGCAGGUCUAGGUUCGAUGACACCAUUGUCGAUAUGCUUGAAUGGAUUUAAAGUCAAGCUGUUUUGAAGGAGUUACAACCACCAUUUUCAUAUCUGAGUUUGAGUUCUUGGUGGAAAUGGAAUGCCCAAACAACCGUGUAUGUUUCCAGCAAGAAGGUGUUGCAAGGGAGAGGGGCAUCGUCGGGAAGAGAGUUGCGCAUCGCCGGAGUCAGGAAGCUCAACGGAGAAGAAGGGGUGCCAGCCUCCUUGUGGAUGAUGUGCAAUGUGGAAGAGGUACUUCUGAGGAUUGAGGAAAGGCAAAGGCGUGAUUGUACACAGCUUCCAGUUUUAUGUCUUAGAGUCUUGAGAAAAACUUUGAUUUGAAAUAAUACUUUGAAAUAAUGAGUUGUUUGUAAACAAUUUUAAUGCUUGGUUGGUUUUAAAAAUUUUAAAUUUAUUGUAUUUUUUGGGAGUGUUACACAUUUCUUUGACUC